UACUAUCUGUUAAUGGUCAAUGACUAUGAUAACAAUACUUGCAAAGGAUUGCCCUUGGCACUGGCCUCCCACAUAGAAAUUGUUGUCCUAGCUCAACUUGUUGAUCAAAAGGAGCAGUCAACCUUUUUUAAUCAGAUAAAUAUCGCAGUUUGUCAAAAUUCAUUUGGUGCAAGCUCUGCAAGGAGAAAUUUUGUUUAAGAGAUUUUUUAAGAUUUUGCUGGCUGAAUAUAUGCUCAACUCCAUUAACUGUUUGUUUUACUUCCACUACAACCAUCAACGUGGUCAUUGAUCAUUUUUGUUAAUUUUUUGUGUGGUAUUUCCUCUUUCGUUUAACAUGGAGAUGUCCUCAUCACCUACUUGGCUUAAGCAGCCUGCUGAAGGAUCAAAGGAAAAUGUUUGCCAGGCUUCUCAUAGAGAUAUCAUCAUGUUCUCUGAGGUGAGCAGACCCGUCACUCUCAGUAUGAAGCUGUUGGGUCUGUGGCAUGAAAGGUCACCACCUGGCGUCGCAGUUCAUCCUGCUCAGCAGGAGGAGGAUGCACAGUCACUACAAAGGAAUCAAUCUUUCAUCCACAACAUCUUGAACAGACUUGGCUUCGUCUAUCAUGCCUUCGUUGUCCUAGUCAUGUGGUUUGAUCUUGUUCGUUUUCUCGUUUUCAUUGCCCCAACUUUAAACCUACAGAAUGCAUCUUACUUGUGCUGGUACGUACAAAACGCCACAACCAACACUGUCCUCUUCCUGGCAUGCUAUAGAACCUGCAAGAUACAGCGCUUCUUCAGCUACUGGCAGAACCCCUCCGCCGAAAGACAUCGGGUGGACUUCGACCACAGGUCAGUCGACACGCAAUCUCCCAAGCCAAGGUGCAUGUUGCAACGGAAGAAGUUCAAGAAGGUUGGGAUCCUGGCUGCGUUAGGAGGGUGGUUUUUUGUCCUUGGAUCGUACCCCGUCUCCAUGUACUUCACCUUUGGUUAUCAUGGUGAAGAAUUCCGUAUCAUGUGCUCGCCCUGGACAAGCGAUAUUCCCUGUGGUUUCCUGCAAGUCAUUUCAUUCUUUGCCUUGGCAUGCCACAAGUUCCCUGUUGUCUACCUUUGCCUCAUUUGCUAUGUUCUAUCGGAGAGAUUUGACUCGCUCACCAAAGCCUUCAAGGAGGAGAAUCCCCUGGGUACCUGUGCAAGGGCUGAUGUCCUGGAAGAGACCCGUCGACAGCAUAACAUUUUAUGUUUUCUCACAUCACAGUGCGACUACAUUUUCUCUACACUUGUCGCCAUUGUCUUUGCCACUGACAUCCCCCUGCUCAUCUUUCUCAUGUAUGACAUUUAUUUCAACAGCGACAGUUCAAGCACUUUUACAACCGCCUUGAGUGCUUACUGGGGUAUCUCAAAUAUGCUGAAUAUCUUGCUCAUCUCCUGGUUCUGUUCAAUGCUUAAUGAGAAGGCACAUUCAUUGCGGCGACAUGUCUAUGAACUUCAUGUGGAUGCAAGUGACACCAGAACAUCUCAUAUUCACCUGCUACUGGUUUCCCGCCUAAAUGGUCCAAACAUUGGGCUAUCAUUUAUCGGAUUCUUCACUAUCACCAGGAAUGUCAUUUUAACGAUUGCUGGUUUCGUGUUGACUUACUUCACUCUUCUUAUCGAUCUGGGGCCUGAAAAAUCUCAUGAUUUGUGCAACAACGCGACAUCAAAUUUGACGUCAUAAAAUUGUUGUACAUCAAUUCAUUAUUUAUUUUCAUCUAAAAAUCAUUCCCGUUUUGUACGUUUAGAGAAGAACGUAUUAAGGAUACGUUAAUUUGUAAAAGAAGUAUAUAGUCGUUGAUACUGGGGCACCCCCCCCCCUCCCCCAGUAAAGAAACAAAAAAGAGGGAAAACAAAGAAAAUUAGGGGGAAAGGGGAAGAAAAUGUCAUGAAAGUGGGGUAUGUGUCGUGUAAAUCGCCCCUUAUUAUUCAAUUGAAGGCUGACAAAAAUUAAAGAUGUUCUAUUUCUAUUUGAUACCUGUAAAAGUUAAUCGAAAUUGACUUCGUACAAAACAGUGAAGCGAAACAUAAUUAUUAUGCUAUUAUACAUUAUUACUGCAUAAAGUUUGGUUGAAUUGAUCGAGGUAUUGGCCUAUAGUUUUCUAUGAAAUUAUGUCUACGUUGAUGUAAUUAUUACGCCAACUCAUUCAAUGUUUCUUUUUGUAUAUGUUCGGAUUGAGUUUUCUUUCGCCGUUAUCUUUUCUUGUUUUAUUGUUUAAGAAACAUGUCUUUCUAAAGAUAAAAUUAUUUUGGUGAUAUUUUCUUUUGGCCUCAUUUGUCUACUUAGAUGAUUGCCGUGUACUCAUUUGAUUAAAUAUUUACAGAGAAUGAAAUUGAGCAAAUUACGGGUUUGUAAUAUUAAUCUUUAUCCGAUUACUUUUGUAUAUAUGUUAUUGUUGUGUUUUUUGUUAAUGUUGUUCUUUCUAUAGGUACUGUAUUGAUACUUAUCUAUGAACAAAAGUAAAGUGAAUAUAAUAUACUUACAGUUUUCACUAAAUAAUUAUUUAAUAUGAAUGAUGAACGAGAAUGGGGUUGCGAUGAAAACUGUGAGAUGAUAGAUAGACUGACAGAUAGGAAGAGAUUAAUCGACUUUAUCGUAGGAAUGGUGGAUAAGGGAUGGUGAGAAAGAAAGAAAGAAAGAAAGAAAGGGAGAGAGAGAAAAAAAUCAAAGAUAGACAGUGGGGGAGGGUGAUUGGAAGGGGAGAUGAAAAGACGAAAUAGCGAGAGGAAGUUAGCUGAAAUAUGAGUUUCUCGUCUGGUCCCGAAAAGUUCAUAACUAUGAUGACAAAAGAGAAUUAUACACAUUUUCAUUU